CUCUCAUGACCGUAUCAGAAUUUAUAACCGUUCACACCGUUGUGGGAAUACUGUGGUGUUCAUGAUUGGGCACGCAGCUGUCGCGUAUCUCGUCCAAUAUGUGCUUGUGGCUGCUGACGGCUUGCUUGGGGAUGCUCCCCACAAACCCACAAACGAACGUUGUGGUGGUAGGAGUUCCGACGCCUAUCCUGACGCCCACGACGACGACUACGACGACGACGACGACGACCACGGCACUACCAGGCACGUUACCUCCCGGUGCGACUCAAGUUCCUACUGCGGCACCUACGGCCGCACCCACAGCCCCUCCACCAACUGCUGCCCCCACAGCAGCCCCUACCGCCGCCCCCACAGCUGCCCCUACGGCGGCGCCUACUGCUGCCCCUACGGCUGCCCCUACAGCUGCCCCUACUGCAGCUCCUACAGCCCCUACGGCGUCCUCAGGCUCGCCCGCGAUCGACCCCAGGCUCGGCACAACUCCAGCGCCAUCCGCAGCCUUGAGAGUCCCGCCCAUAAACGGCUACAGCGCGCAAGGGCCUUCGUAUAAUAUGGCUGUCAAUUUCCCGAGAGAAAAGAGAAGCACGGAGGUCGAUCAGGAAAUAAACGUCAAAGAACUCAUGAGGAAUCUUUUCCGUGACGGCAAACAUGAAAUUCGUAAGAGACAAGCGACGACGUGCACUUGCGUAGCAGCAGGUACUUGCCCCACGAAUACUGGAGGUACUGGAGCUGGUAUGAUUGAUGUCAGAAUUGUAACUCCGGGCGUUGCACAAUGUCCGACUGGUCAAGUGUACUGUUGCACUCCAACGACGGGAACGGGGACGAUGAUAGCGUGCGGCACACUGCAGACCGUGCCAGCAGUCGCUGUGGCACCUACUGCUGGCCAGGCUUCCUUCGGAGAAUUCCCCUGGCAGGCAAUGAUACUGACCAAACAAAACGACUACAUAGCAGGUGGAGUCCUCAUAGAUCAGCUGAAUGUUUUGACGGUGACUCAUCGGCUGACGAAUUAUGUUGUCUCAGGCACUGCGCCGAACCUUAAGGUCCGCCUCGGGGAGUGGGACGCGGCCGGCACUUACGAGCCUGUAGCCUUCCAAGAGUACACAAUAGCGAAGGUGUUCAGCCAUCCGUCGUACAACCCGACAACGCUCCAGUACGACAUCACCGUGCUCCGGCUGUCCACCCCGGUGCCGCUCUCGCCGACCGCGGGGGCUGCGACCACAAUUAAUAGAGCUUGUCUGCCGCCCGCAACUACAACCAACUAUAAUGGACAACGAUGCAUGGUAGCAGGGUGGGGUAAAAACAUGUUCGGGCUGGCGGGCCAGUACCAGCAGAUCCUGAAGAAGGUGGAAGUACCGAUAGUGCCCGCUGCCACGUGUCAGACGCAGCUGCAGACAGCGAGGCUCGGAGCCUCCUACGUGCUAGAUACAACCUCGUUUAUAUGCGCUGGCGGGGAAGCUAAUAAGGAUUCCUGCACUGGCGAUGGCGGUUCUGGCCUCGUGUGCAACGUCUCCGGAAAGUGGGUGGUGGUGGGACUGGUAUCCUGGGGACUCGGCUGUGCCAUGACCAACGUUCCUGCCGCCUAUGUCAACGUGGCCGCGCUCCUGCCCUGGAUACAACAACAAGUCGCUACUGCUUAGCUUCAAUGGAUAAUUGGAUGAGAAUGCUAGACGCCAAUUUCACGGUAUUAAAGGACUAGAAAAUAUAUCUUACAUUUGUGUAACCUAGUCUAAUUUAUUAGGGCUUAUAGAUUAAGUUAUUAGGCUCAUAAAUUAGACUUAUAAGUAAUUCAUCCGAAAAUAGAAAUGGGUUAAUUUUAUAUAUAAAUACAGUCGAACAUUUUUUAAAGAAAUGUU